GCGUCGCUUUGCCUGCACUGCUGCUGCUGGACGACGUUCCGCGUUUUGCUAUAGGAUUUUGGAUUUGCGGAAGGAAUCUGGUUUGUAGCUUGGCAAUACGGUGGAGAAUUUUGGCAUAGGUGUGCGGUUUCAUGUGAAGGUCGGACGGACGGACGGACGGACGGAGAGGUGAUUGGUUGCGAGUGCUGAGGUGAUGUUGAUGGGGAAGUUUGGAUUGGUGUACUGGAUUUGCGUUGCUUUGGUGGUGGAAGUGUGUUUGUGUGCCGAUCGUUCUUAUGUGUUGGAGUUCUCUUACGCUACGGUUUCUCCGCUUGGUGUUCCUCAACAGGUGAUUGCUGUCAAUAAAGAGUUUCCAGGUCCUGUUCUUAAUGUCACAACCAAUGACAAUGUUUAUGUCAAUGUCAAGAAUCAUAUAGAUGAGAGUCUCCUGGUCACCUGGCCGGGUGUGCAGAUGCGUAGAUCAUCUUGGCAAGAUGGACUUCGGGGCACAAAUUGUCCCAUCCCGCCGAGGUGGAACUGGACCUAUCAAUUUCAGGUCAAAGAUCAGAUCGGCACCUUCUUUUACUUCCCAUCGCUGGGCUUGCAACGAGCUUCUGGUGGCUUUGGUUCGUUUAUUAUCACGCCCCGUGAUGUUAUUCCACUUCCUUUUAAUCCUCCUUUCGGGGAUUUCGUCAUCUUUAUUGGGGAUUGGUAUACUCGCAGCUAUAAGGAUCUUCGGAGUGCACUCGACAAUGGAGAAGAUUUAGGAAUGCCGGAUGGAGUUCUCAUCAAUGGAAAAGGACCUUACAGAUACAACACCUCUGUUCCUGCUGACAUUAAGUAUGAAACUAUAAAUGUCGAUCCUGGCAAAACUUACCGUCUUCGCGUCCACAACGUUGGAUCCUCCACUUGUUUGAAUUUUCGAAUUCAGAACCACAGUUUGGUUCUAGUUGAGACGGAGGGAUACUACACUACUCAGCAGACCUACACAAGCAUGGACAUCUGCGUCGGACAGUCUUACACAUUUCUCGUUUCCAUGGACCAGAAUGCAACGAGCGAUUACUACAUUGUUGCCAGUGCGCGCUUCGUGAAUCAAACAGUUUGGCAAAGAGUAACCGGUGUAGCCAUCUUGCAUUAUUCAAACUCACAAGGACCAGCCACCGGCCCCCUCCCUGCCCCUCCCGACGAUUUUUACUACCAAUCAUAUUCCAUGAACCAGGCCUUGUCCAUCAGGCAAAAUGUUUCUGCUAGCGGAGCUCGUCCUAAUCCGCAGGGCUCCUUCCGAUACGGCACAGUCAAUGUAACAGAAGUUUAUGUGCUGAGGAGCCUCCCACCGGUGAUGAUUGCCGGAAAAAUAAGAUCAACAUUCAACGGUUUAUCCUUCGCCAACCCUGAAACUCCGAUGAGGCUCGCAGAUGUUUUCAACGUGAAGGGUGAUUACAAACUCGAUUUCCCAGCUAAGCCCAGGGACGCGCCGCCUAUCAGAGACACGUCCAUCAUCAACGCUACAUACAAGGAAUUCGUAGAGAUCGUGCUGCAGAACAACGACACAGUUGUGCAGACAUUUCACUUGGAUGGCCACUCGUUCUUCGUUGUCGGAAUGGGAUACGGCGAAUGGAGCGAGAACAGCCGCGGCUCAUACAACAAAUGGGAUGCAAUAGCCCGCUCUACUGUCCAGGUUUACGCCGGUGGCUGGACUGCAGUCUACGCCUAUUUAGACAACGUUGGCGUGUGGAACCUCAGGACAGAGAACCUCGACAGGUGGCAUCGCGGACAAGAAACAUACCUGAAGAUCGUCAAUCCAGAAGACCGCGACAACUCUACAGAAUUACCUGUUCCCGACAAUGCUCUCUACUGCGGCGCAGUCGCCCACCUGCAGAAGCCUCAGAAGGGUUUAGCAUCCUCCAUUGUUGAUGCAAGCUCACCAUUCCAUACUGCUGUUCUUCUGGUAAUCAUCUCUUCUACAUUCCUUUCCAUAAUACUAUGGUAGCUUUCUUUUAAGGUAUGUUAUGGUAGGUAGAUAUAUAUUUAUACUUGGAUGAGCUUUUCAAGAUGUUUGUGAUAAGUUAUAUUUAUUAUGUGUGGUGACAUUUUGUGUGGCUUAAAAUAUUUA